AUGUUUGAAGAAAUUGAAGUCAAACUUCUGCAGGGACAGUUAUUGGAAACUACUGAAAUGAUAAAUCAGACAUUCAAUGCUGAAUUCAUUCUGCUUGGAUUUGGAAACUAUCAGAUACUACAUAUUCCUAUCUAUUUGCCCUUCUUCCUCAUCUACCUGGGGACCAUGGCUGGAAACCUAUUUAUUAUUCUACUGGUUGUUUUUGAUCAACACCUCCACAUUCCCAUGUAUUUUUUCCUUGGGAACCUUUCAUACUUGGAGGCCUGUAGCAGUUCAAACAUCUUACCACAAAUGCUAUUCAGCUUACUUACUGGAAGUAAACUGAUUUCUUACACCACUUGCUUUGUGCAACAUUAUUUUUUUGGUUCUUUUGUAUCUGUGGAAUGUUACCUGUUGUCUGCAAUGUCGUAUGACCGGUAUUUAGCUAUAUGUAAACCAUUACAUUAUACUACCAUGAUGAAUGGCAGAAUAUGUUUUAAAUUGAUAGCCUAUUCUUGGAUUAGUGGUUUUUUAGCAAACACUAUUACACUAAUUAUCAUAUCCAAAUUAGUUUUCUGCAAUAAUAGAAUUGAUCAUUUCUUUUGUGACACCUUCCCAAUUAUAGAAUUAUUUUGCGGGGACACAUAUGCUUUAAAAGUUUUUCUUUAUGUUUUAAGCUCAAUAUUUACUUUCCCACCAUGUAUAUUAACUCUAACAUCUUACACAUUUAUCAUUGUAGCCAUAAUGAGAAUGCCUUCCACUGUAGGAAAACAAAAGGCAUUUUCCACCUGUUCUUCUCAUCUCUUGGUAGUGACUAUUUUUUAUGGGACUCUGAUGAGUAUCUAUGUAGUACCUAACACUAACAAACUGAAUGGGCUUCAUAAAGUAUUCUCUGUGAUCUACACCAUAAUAACCCCCAUGCUUAAUCCUAUUAUAUACAGUUUAAGAAAUAGAGAAGUAAAGGAUUCUUUGAGAAGACUUCGUUACAUUUUGUUCAAGUUUAGAAAAAUAUAA